CUUCCAGCACGCCGCCAGACUGCCAGAAUUCUCUGCCAGAGCGCCGCUGUCUUCACCCUCCACCGCCCCCUCGAACGCCUCGAUCCCCCUUCGCCCCCGACGUCUUAUAUCGCUUGCUACAUGGUCUGUAGGGCAAGAACACUGUGUCACUGGGCUUGCUAUGAGUUUGGAUCAGCACAUAUAUGGGUAUGGGCUCCCUUCUACCUGGUUCACGCCCCCCAUGUGCCCCUUCAAUCAAGUCUUCAUGGAAGAGCAGAUGACGCUGCCGGGCUGGUGCAAUGAGUCUGCUGGUGAGCAGCAGCAACUGUCUAUGGCUUCUCUGCCUGCUGGCACGGUCACAUCUGCCAUGUAUAAUGUCCCAAUUGUGGUUGGGCUAGGCAGAGGGGCAGGCAGCACCGCACGGUUGUCGUCCGAAGCUCAAUGCCGCCGGCCCCAAGCAUCCCUCAAGACUGCAUUCCAGAACCACGUUGUAAAUUCUUUGACCGUCCAACUUUUCUUCCAAUUUCUUCUUCAUCUUCCCGAAUCAGAGAUCAACUCUUUUCGGCACUUCUUCACUUCGUUCUACGUCAUCCAAUUGUUCAACGCUAACGUGGGUCGUGUGCUAGCUCGACGGACUGGCAUCUUCCAAGUCCAUCCUCCACACCCAAGUCGGUGACGUUUCCAGAUUCAAGCCUCAAGACGCCCAAGACUGAGGCCUUUCCUCAGUCCCACUUCCUCGACGCCUGGUCGACUCCUCGAGUCAAUGGGCAGCACACCCCUGUCCAGACGCCGUCCUUUUCAUUAUCGACGCCCGUAGACCGCCCGUCGAGCUCAUAUAGCCAACUCGU